AUGAUGAGUAGCAACACCAGCUUAUUUCAUGUUGCAAUGUAUCCAUGGUUUGCCCUAGGCCAUCUUACAUCAUUCCUUCACAUCUCCAACAAACUUGCCGAACGUGGCCACAAGAUUUCAUUCCUCAUGCCCAAAAACACCAUCCCCAGAUUGAGCCAUUUCAAUCUCCACCCACAUCUCAUCUUCUUUGUUCCGAUCACCGUUCCGCACGUCGACGGCCUCCCUCUCGGCUCCGAGACUACUUCAGACCUCCCCAAUUACUCAAAGCACUCCCUUCUCAUGACCGCAAUGGACCUCACUGAGCCUGUUAUUGAAACUUGUCUGAAACAUCUUAAACCCCACAUGGUCUUUUUUGACUUCACACAUUGGUUACCUGCAUUGGCAUGCAAGUUAGGCAUCAAGGCUUUGCAUUACUGCACAAUAAGCCCUGCCACUGUAGGGUAUCUUAUAAGCCCUGAAAGAAAACUUCUCCUUGAGAAGAAUUCAUUAACAGAAGCUGAUCUCAUAAACCCUCCACCAAGCUUUCCACCUUCAUCAACCAUAAGGCUACACCCUCACGAAGCAAGAGAGUUAGCCACUGCUGCUGUAAAGAACUACGGCAAUGGGGGCAUUUCAUUUGUGGAGCGCCAAUUGAUCUCUUUUGCCAGCUGCCACGCCGUGGUUUUCAAAACCUGCAGAGAAAUGGAAGGGCCCUAUUGUGAUUAUCUUGAAAGACAAAUGAGAAAGCAAGUGUUUUUGGCAGGACCGGUUUUGCCGGACACACCGUUAAGGUCGAAGCUGGAAGAAAAAUGGGUGACUUGGCUGGGAAGUUUCAAGCCCAAAACAGUGAUUUUCUGUGCCUUUGGAAGUGAAUGCUUUUUGAAGAGUGAUCAAUUUAAGGAACUUUUGUUGGGUUUUGAACUCACAGGAAUGCCUUUCCUGGCUGCAUUAAAACCCCCUAUUGGAGCUGAAGCAAUAGAAUCAGCUUUGCCUGAAGGGUUUAAUGAGAGAACAAAGGGAAGAGGGGUGGUACAUGGGGAUUGGGUUCAGCAGCUAUUGAUCUUGAGUCACCCAUCUGUGGGUUGCUUUGUGACUCAUUGUGGGUCUGGGUCAUUAACAGAGGCUAUGGUAAAUGAGUGUCAAUUGGUACUGUUGCCCCAUGCAGGAGAUCAAUUUAUCAAUGCAAGAAUAAUGAGUGGAGACUUGAAAGUGGGAGUGGAGGUUGAGAAAAGUGAAGAUGGACUGUUUACUAGGGAAGCUGUGUGCAAGGUAUUGAGAGCUGUGAUGGACAGUGAUAGUGAAGUGGGUCAAAUGGUGAGAACCAAUCAUGCUAAAUGGAGGAAGUUCUUGUUCAGUAAAGGGCUAGAAAACUCUUAUGUGGACCAUUUCAAUCAGAACCUGCAUAGUCUGCUCAGAUCUUGA